AUGCCCGCUGUCUUCAGAGCCCCCGAUUGGCGUUUACCAAGCCCCAGCUCGACGCCCAAAUCAGCCACAUUCCCGGAUGCGUCUCUCCAAACGCCCAGAACGGACUCUCUUCCGUCCCACUUUCUAGAAGCUUGGUCAACACCACGAGCAAAUGUGCAACAGACUCCCUCCCAGACGCCACUGUUCCCACGCACGAGAGAUCGUGACCGACCCUUGAGCUCCUACAGCCACAAAAGCCAGGAUCCAGAAGACCCUGAGUUCCACAUCAACCACUACUCGCCAAACCCAAACCUGCCGCUUCCCCCGGUUGAGCCGUCCCGCCGGUUGGCGUCCAGUCCAACCCCGUUGAAGUCCGGCCGGCCGCCUAAUGCCAAUACGACAUCUUCAAUCCCAACGCAAGAUUCGACUGCAAACAACAUGGACCCUUCUCAGAUGCAGACGCCUCCCCCAACCAGGGAUGCAUCGUCUUCGAGGAAGCGGGGUCAGGACGGGCAGCCGCUGAGCUUCAACACGCCCUCGGCCAUGUAUUCCAGGAGGGACUCGGCCCCAACUAUCCCUGGCGAUCACAUGAGGGACGGUCGUUACGGUCAGGAUUCAGGCGUGCCUAUGUUUGCCAACAUGCAAUUCACUCCGGAGAUGACGCGUUUUGGCCACGCAGGCCCUUCUACGGCUCCUGGGCCGUCUCGUGCAGGAGUCUUCUUCAACCCGAGCAGUUCGGGGGGGAUGCUGCAUCUUGAUAACUUGCCUGCUCAAGAAGAUCCGUUUGGUUUCGCUGUUGAGGACAACCAAAACAUGUUUCAAUGGCCAAGUUUUACGCCGACAAACACAAGCCGUGUCGAUUCGGCUUCAAUGGCUGUAGAAGAUGACUCUUGGGCCUCAACGCCGUCCCUGUUGACAACAACUUCUGCCGACCUCCAGAACAUUACAGGUAAUGGAACGGCCACGCUGGAUGAUCCUUUCAUUCCAACCACGUCGGGCGUCGACCCUAGCAUGUUGUUUAGUUUUAGUGGAAGCGCGUCGGAUUUAGGCAAUACCUGGGUUUCGCCCCAGCGUCCCCAAAAGGCGCCCAUACCCGACAAGAGACAACCCUACGAGCACCAAGCCAGGGAAUAUGAGAGACAAAAGGAAGUGUCUCGGAAACUUAGUGGGCACCAUUCUCGCACAAGUGCCGCGUCCUCUUCUGUUUCCACGACAGCAAGCUCCAAGCCUGGCCUACAACGAAGCAGCACACAUGCCGGAUUUGUGAGGAAACCUGCUCCUCCCAGUGAAGGUCCAUUCGGCAACUCGGGCAAUGCCGUACCGCCUGUGCGGAAAACCUCGCCUCUGAAACGGGCAAAUCAAUCGGCCCUUCCCGCAAUAUCUGAACAUGUGCUCCCACGGCCGAAGACGCGGCUUAUUGUCGACGGAUCUGGGCGAGCCCGGACCGAGACUGUGAGGGACGGUGACGAUGACACUAAACAUGUGGAUCACCGCGCCCGUUAUUCCGGACUGUGGGACGACGACAGCGAUUCCGAUUCCGAUCAAGAUGCCCGCAUAGCCAGUAGGAGCUCGUCCUUCAGCGUGGCCUCGGGAUUGACACGAUCCGCUUCCAAGCACGGGAGGACCGGCAGUUCGAUUGCAAGGUCUCACUCGGUGAAGAACCCGCGGUCUUUCUCAUUCACCGACAAUCUGUCGAAAAGAUUGGGAAGAUUAUCGACUGAACCGACGCCUAGAAGGGGUGGGGACGAUUCUAGGAGAAGCAGUGUCACUAGUGUCAGUAGCCCAUUCGGAGGUUAUCUGCGAAAAGAAGACAAGCCGGUGGGUGAGGAUGGGGCUGGGCACCAGGGAGGUGCUCAGGAUGCGUUGAAGAGGGUGGUGGCGGACGCCAAGAACAAACGACAGGGUUAG